GAACGUAGUACUUACCUAGCUACUGCUUGGAGUCGCGUGCGCAGAACACACGCGCUUUGGCGGUAUAGCGCGACGAACGCUGCCGCCUAACACGAACGAAGUUUCAAAAAACCUACAAAAACUUAUCGUUUUUAAUUUUAUUUUUAAUUUUUGUCGUUGUGCCAGUGUCUUUUGCAGUCCAAAGCGGAAACUCAAUAUGAAACUUUUUCUUAUUCUCGCUGUCGCGCUUUGCGCAUACGCCGCAGAUGUCAAAGAGAAGGAGAAUAGCGCGGAGCCUGCGCAGAACAAGGACAAAAGACAAACACAGGACGAGCUCGUACCUGCCAAUGUUGUAUACAGGGUGCCCAGAAAACAGGAACAAGUCGCACCCGUCCAGGAACCACAAGAAGAGGAUAGAAUAAGAAGCAGCGGUAACGAAGAAUACCGUCCAGGUCAAGUGUUCUCUCUAAACGCUCAGGAGCUCCUGGAGCUGCAGCCAGAGAGGAAAGCUCCGGUGUCCAACGACCAGCUGCUGCAGCAGUUGUAUUCUCCCCAACAGUCAGACCACAAGCAACUGUAUUAUUUGGAACCACAAUCACAAACUGCGAGACAGGUGUCUCUUCAGCCAUCUCACGCUGUGAUAGCCCGUCCUUCAUAUUCAUCGAAUGGAGGAGAGGCAUCAGUCGGUGCUGCUCUUUCAGUCAGCGAUAGUGGCUCUACUCAAACGCAGACGUUUGACCAAAAUUUAUUGGGUCUACUAAACCAGAUCCAUCAAGUCAGACUGGACGACAGCAACAGCCAGCAGGCGUACUCUCAGUACCAGCCAAUUCAGCAGACUUCCGCGCCAAAUCUUGCUCUCCAGCAACAGCAACAACAACAACAACAACAACAACAACAGCAACAGCAACAGCAACAACAACAACAACAGGUUGACAGGUAUGUAACGAAGCCCACAAAGAAGACCACUAAACUGCGGAGUAAAGUGCAAGCUAAUCCUCCCCCGACCCCUGCCGCACCACAGCAGUACUUGAUUGAAACAACGAACGUACAACAGCAACAGCCGCAACAGCUUCAACAGCCUCAGCCACAGUAUCGUCCAGUACUUCAGCAAUCAAGACCUUUGCAGGCCCUCCGUUAUGUACCGUUUCAGCAAGCCCAACCAGCCAUCCAACAGAUCUAUUACGAGCGCCCUGACACACAAGGACUAAAAGUUGUCCCCGCCCCCAAACUCCAGCAAUUAUCACAAGCAAGGCCACAACUUACCUACAGAUUGGUACCCCAAUAUCAGCAACCCGAAGCAACUCCGAAGCAGUAUAGAUUCGUCGAAGUGCCAAGACCACAGCCAAUCAGACAAGAGACUAGGCCCAUCACAUAUCUGAAGCGUUACCCAGAGCCGGAAAAGAUGAGAGCCGUUAAGAUCUACGAACCGAUGGAGCUGGCUGUUCCUCAACAACCUGCACAAAUAAUUGGCGAGCAAUAUUACCUCCGUCCCCUUUACAGGCAGCCUGAGCAAAGAGCAAGGUACGAUUUACCAGCUGUUGCUAUGAGGCCAGUUGAGCAACCACGACCUGUGGAGGCGACAAAAGCUCCAUCAUCAGCAAUUUAUGUGAGCAAAAACUUUGCUCCCGUGAAAAACCAAAGGUCGCAGCCGGUAAGACAAGAACAGAAUGUGAAGAUUGAACAUCCGACGUAUGAACAGCCAGCUCCGCAGCCUGUGAAUACUGAGCAACAGACUCAAACUGUAGAGGAUCAGCGCGCACAAUUACCUCCUCCAAGAAACAACAAAGCUUACACUCCUGAGGAGUUUGCUGCCUUAGUUGCGGCCGGGUACUCGGUAACGCCCAUCCCCGUAAGUUCGCAUAUUGCCCAGUCCAGGUCAUCAUUUGAACCAGUUCCGCAAACUAAACGGCGACCCAUCUACCGACGACCACAGUAUCUUCCAAUUAGAGAUGACGCGCCUUGAAACGACCAUAAACAAUAUUGUAAAUAAUUUAGACGUAUUCCUUUAACUAAAGAUAGUUUUAU